AUGGAAGAUUCCAUGUUUCCUAUCGAUAAGGUGCUUCUCGUUGGCUCCAACAUGACUGUCUGCUGUAAAGUAAGAAAUGAGGAAAGCAUGGUGGACUCAAUCCAGUUUAACGGUACUAACUAUCCUGUAAUCCAGCUUGGCAGCAGCAACGUUGGUGGCAUUCAGUUCUUCAACAUGAACAAGUCAGAGUCUAGUGGGGACAACAUCAUCUGCAACUCCAAUUUGGACCCCUACACAGCCGGAACUGUAGUUUUUGUAGGAUAUCCUCCAGUUGAACCACAAAACUUUAGCUGUGAAGCACCUGAUCUCACGAUAAUCAACUGUACAUGGAAAACGGGCAGACCCACUGGAUUGUAUGGAGAACGUGGUACAAAAUACUCAUUAUAUGAACGCUUCUCAGGAAUUAACCUGACAUGUUCAGGGUACACUGGAGAUCAGGAGGAUUACAACUGCAGCAUGGAUGUGAAGAAAGGACAGAACCUAUAUGAGUUUCUGCUUCUUGGUACAAAUCCCCUGGGAGCAGCAAACACUUCCCUGGACUUUAAUGUCAGAGAAAGGAUUUGUCCGUUUCCGGUGGAGAGUGUCGGGAUCCGUGACCUCAGCUCAACUGAUGUGUCCCUUUCAUGGCGUUUACCCGGCACUUAUACUUCCAUUAAUCUCCUAUGUGAGACUGAAAUCAGGAAAACACACGGACAGGUGGAAAGGCGUAACAUUACCUUGAAAGGAGCAGAUAGUACAUUCUACACUUAUCCUCUUAAUAACCUGCAUCCAUUCACCAACUACUAUAUUCGUGUUCGCUGUUCGUCGUAUGAUCAUUUCUGGAAAUGGAGCAAUUGGAGCAAAGAAAAGAAUCACAAGACUUUGGCAGCAGCACCUUCAAGAAAGCUGGAAAUCUGGACAGAACGGAUACACACCCCAGAGAACUGUUCUAUAGCAGUCUAUUGGAAGCAUUUACGGCCUUAUGAAGCCAAUGGAGAAGUGACCUUCUAUAGCAUAGAGUGGAAACCUCUCCACAGUAACGAGAAACCUCAGUAUAUCCGCCUGUCUGGAGAGUCCAACAGAACCCAGAUAAACCUUCCUGCUGGGGAUAACGGGGAUUAUGAAAUAAAUGUAACUGCCAUCAAUUCAGCUGGAUCAUCACCACCUUCAAGUAUGACCACUGUUCAACUGCUAAGUGAGGUUGAGGUGGAGAGAGCGAUUGGAGAUAGCAGCGGCAUUAACAUUACUUGGAGUCCGGAUUCAAACUUUAGCUGUGGUUACUUUGUAACAUGGGUGCCGUCCUUCCAUCUUCAAUGGGCUGACUUGCAGUGGAAGAGGUUUUCAUCACACGUGACAAGUGCUUUCAUCCACACACAACAAAUGCUAGCUGGAGUCCGGCACAAUGUAUCACUGUAUGGCUGCAGAGAGUACAGGUUUCAGCUGCUGCGAAGCCUCAUCGCAUACACAGAGGAACUAUCCCCCAAAGCGGCACCAAAUUUUACUGUCCAAGAGACCACAUCAAAGUCCAUACAGGUGAAGUGGGAUCCUAUUCCAGAAGAUGACCUACGCGGGUUUCUGCAGGGUUAUCUGAUCUAUGUAGUGAAAAAUCAGAGCGAUUCCUAUUUUGCC